UCUAGGGAUUGGGCAUUUCAGCGGCAUUUGUUCAAGUUGAGUUGUAAAAAUUUGUUAGUUCAUAUAUAAUAUUAAAGCUAAUCCGCACGAAGAGAAGAUGUGUGAAGUUGGUAAUCUGAUUGACUUAACACCGGGAGAGGAGGCUAGCAAUGAGGAGACAUGGUUCGAGGAGCCCGAAGAGUCGAUUGUGGCCUCGAACCUUCAAGGGCCCUACGAUCCCUUCGACUCGAUCGAGAAGGAAGCUUGCGCCAAGGGCAUUGCUCUGAAGGCGCAAAUCACGGAGGAUCUGUCGGUCGCCGAAGCUCACUAUCCGGAUUUGAGCAACGAGAGCCCGCCCGUGGGCAUGCGCAAAGAGUCGCUUGGCGAAACACCGCGCCAGCGCUGCACCAGCAGCUCGUUUCAAAAGCAGCUUCUGAAACUGAAUGCCUCUCGAUCGGCGGCCAAUCUGCCCAAAUCCAAGAUCUGCGAUGGCAGCACUCCGUUUGAGCGGACGAUCCUCAACGAAAACCAACAGAUGCUGUCGGCCGAGUCGCCGCUGAAACUCGUCGAAGACGACGAUCUGGCUUCCAGUUUGAAAUUCGAGCAGGAUCUCCGAAUGCUGCGAAUUUCAAGUCUGGACGAUCACAAAAUAACCGCAGAAACGGAGGCAAAUCUUUCAACGACCGAUGAUCCGCCAACAAAGGAUGGCGAGGUGUCACAACUCUUGCAACGCCUAAGAGCGUUAGUUCAUCAAGUGGUUGAUAAGACCAAUUGGCAUCUAUUCGAUGCCAUAAUAGAACCUAUUGCUGCCCUUAUUGGUCCUGGUACCGGUUUUGCUCAGGACCCCGAAAUAAAUGUCAGUCCCAGUGCCAAUUCUCCGGAGGCCAGAGAACCUGACAAAGUACCUGUUUUGCCCUACACCCGACAAGCCACAUUCGAUCUAGAUCUUCAAGAAAAUUUGACAAAGGGAUCUGGCAGUACUGCAGUGGGACAGGAGGACGCGACAGAGGCAGAAGGACUGGUGCCGGGCAGCAAAGUCCAGGACUUUCCCGAUGCCAUGACCUGCUCCGCGGCCACAUUUGACGGGGAGCCCCGGCUCCUGGAUCCCGCUGGAGCCCUGCCAUCCCUGAAUAGAAAGGAGUUCAUGACCGAGCUAGUUGAUGAUACCCUAGCACUGCAGAUAAAUGAGCUGCUGGAAAGGCAUAAGCUCGGGCAAUCGAUGGUCGGCGAUCACGAACAAAACGGCGUCGAUCCGCGUACAGUCAUCCUGCUGGUGAAUCCCAGCAACUAUAGCAGACAGGCUAAGACCCAGCCCAGUUGUAUUGUGCAGCCCAACCCAGUGCCGCUGGGUGUUUCCAAUGAUGCGGACUCAAUGCGACGACGAUCUUCGUCCCUAUCCAUCCACGAUAAGCCCAAGAUGCGCAAGGAGAUCACGAAAGCCGAUAGCCACGACGAAAACCAACAGAAUGUGCCGCCCAGGGAUGUAAAGAAAGCAGCCGAUUUGGCAUCUUUCCGCCAGAGACGCAACUCCUUUUCGACGACCAGCAAUCCGCCCAUCAAAAUCGGAGAGAGCAGGCGCAUUGUUCUAGACCGCAUGAAGACGCCACCCAUAAACGAAUCGGCGGUGGUGACCAAGUCUAGUGGAAACACAAAAGCGAUGAUACCCACUAAGCGGGUGGCUCCGUUUGUGAAGCAGCCCGCAGCUGCGUCCAACGAGACCACAUAUCUCAAUCCACGACAAUUGGCGGCGCCACGUAAUGUCACGGUGCCCGAGACGCCCGUCUCCUUGCGCUCCAAGCCCGCUCCAAAAGUCUUCGCCACAAGCACGCCAUUGCCGCAGAUGCGGUCGCAGCAACGCCGAUCAUUAAAGCCAACUGUGGGCCAGCCAUCAUCAAACACCUUGGCCAAUGCCUCAUACACGACGCCAAAUUUCCGGCGGCCGAGCUUCUCCAAGAAGCCGGGCAACGGCUAGAGUGCGUCACUAGCUGGUCCCGUGAAGCAAUGUCGCCUGAAAGUGAACCCAAACAACCUACCAAUGAUGUCUGAGGUCAAGUUUUUAACCUUGAAGAUAAACGCAAAGCGGCAUCAGUUUGAAAAUAGGUUGGUUGGCGGUUAUCUCCGCCGAUAUUUCCAGUUGUUCAAAAUAAGUAAGAUAAGACUAUCACGCUCAGUUAAGUCAGUCGGAUUAAGUCAUUUAAGUUAGUUCCUUCUAUUACUUCUUCUAAAUAUGUUUCAUCUGAAACUAACUAAGUUAAUUGUGAUAGGCAUUUAAAUGUAAACAAGACAUAUCAAAAUAUCGAAAUUGUUUAUUUCUUAGUUAA